CUAACAAUUCCCUUAAAAAUGGUGCGGCAAUCAUAAGAGAGAUGGGCGCAAGUGGGCUCUUGACAAGCACGUGGGACUUUCCUAUGGGAAAAUGCACGCUGUCAUAGCCAUGCCAUAUUUUCCCUUCCGAGUUACCACAAACCUUACUUUUUCCAGGAAAUUUUUAUUUUCUAGGAAAAGUUUUCAUUCACCCACCAGUGUUUGGCAGCAGCUUCUGUCCCUGUAAUUUGCAAUCUUGAGAGAUCAUUCCGUUACUGAUUUUCUCUACACAUAAUCUUGAUUUGUCUACUUGGUUUAGAGCAGUUUUAGUUCAGUGUUUUGUUUUGUUUUUUUUUAAUUUGAUUGACCUGUUGGGGAUUUGCUGUGUGUGUGUGUGAUUUGGUUGGGAUUGCAGAGUGACUUGGGUUUCUUUGUUUGCAUGUCCAGGUCACAUGGGGUAUAGAAUUUGACUGAUAGGACCUGGACUUUGCUGUUGUUCAAUUUGAUCCUCCUCUGAGUCUGAGUUUUGCCAUUUUAAACAACUUUCUGAUUAUAUAUACACACACACACACACAUAUAUAAAAACUCAUUUACUCUCACACCCACAAAACAAUAGCUCUUGGUUUCCUCUGUUCUUCGAUAUAUCAUCAUAUCUCAUCCAACAAAACCCUUCUUUUUCUUUUUCUUUUUCUUUUCUGUUAUUGAAGUUUUUUUUUUUUAAGGCUGAGCUCUCUUUGACUUAAUCUCUAAUUAAAUAGGGGGAAAUUAUAGUUUAAAAUCUGUUAAGGAGCUUCUGAUGAGCACAUAAGAAGAAAACAGAGGAAUAAGCCAUGAAGUUUAUGAAACUUGGAUCCCGGCCGGAUACUUUCUACACUACUGAGGCUGUAAGGUCAGUCUCCUCUGAAGUUUCAAGUGAUCUCAUAAUUCAAGUGAAAGGAAGCAGAUAUUUGCUUCACAAGUUUCCUCUGUUAUCCAAGUGUUUGAGGCUGCAGAGGCUCUGCUCUGAGUACCAAGAAUCUUCAAACCACCACAUAAUCCAGCUCCAUGACUUUCCCAGUAGCGUCGAGGCUUUCGAGCUCUGCGCAAAGUUCUGCUACGGCAUCACUAUCACUCUCAGCGCCUACAACAUUGUCGCUUCUCGCUGUGCCGCUGAGUACCUGCAGAUGACCGAGGACGUCGAGAAGGGAAACCUUAUAUACAAACUGGAGGUGUUCUUCAACUCCUGCAUCCUCCACGGUUGGAGGGACUCAAUUGCCACGCUUCAGAGCACAAAGGCAUUUCCUCUGUGGUCGGAGGAGCUUGGAAUCACAUCGAGGUGCAUUGAAGCAAUUGCCACAAAAGUCCUCACAAACCCUUCCAAAGUUAGCCUGUCGCACAGCUAUUCCAGGAGGGGCAGAGAUGACAUUGUGUCGUGCAAUGGCUCCGAGAGCCUCCGGCAUAAUGGUAGGCCUGCAGGCAGGGGAUGGUGGGCUGAGGACAUUGCAGAAUUGGGGAUUGAUUUGUAUUGGAGAACUAUGAUUGCUAUAAAAUCUGGUGGGAAAAUUCCCUCUAGUCUCAUUGGAGAUGCAUUGAAAAUUUAUGCGGCUCGAUGGUUGCCUAAAAUAUCAAAAAACGAAUGUGAUCAUCGACAAGCAGCGUCGGAUUCGGAUUCAGACUCUGCCAAUGAUUUAACCUCAAAGCAUAGGUUGAUCUUGGAGUCCAUCGUCAGUUUAGUUCCAGUCGAAAAAGGUGCUGCUUCCACUAGCUUUCUGCUUAAACUUUUAAAGGCAGCCAACAUUCUCAAUGCUUCUUCUUCUUCAAAAAUGGAGUUGGCUAGAAGGGUAGGGCUUCAAUUGGAUGAUGCAACAGUCAAUGACUUGCUAAUCCCCUCUGCGUCGUGCGAAAGCGACACGCGAUAUGAUGUGGACAUAGUCAUGACAAUUUUGGAGCACUUCUUGCAGCAGGGGCAGAGCCCCCCAACUAGUCCUCCGAGGUCCAAGCUUGGUUUCGAAAGGAGGAGGUCUCGCUCUGCGGAGAACAUUGAUUUUGAGUUUCAGGAGAGCCGGAGAUCUUCCUCGGCGUCACAUAGCUCGAAGCUGAAGGUGGCCAAGAUUAUAGAUGUAUAUCUUCAGGAGAUUGCCCGGGAUGUCAAUCUGUCCCUCUCAAAAUUCAUUGCAAUUGCUGAGGCAAUACCAGAGUUUGCAAGGCUUGACCAUGAUGAUCUCUACAGAGCAAUUGACAUUUACCUCAAGGCACAUCCGGACCUAAACAAAAGUGAAAGGAAGAGGCUUUGCAGAAUUCUAGACUGCAAAAAGCUCUCAAUGGAGGUCUGCAUGCAUGCUGCACAAAAUGAGCUGCUCCCACUAAGAGUGGUGGUCCAAGUUCUUUUCUUUGAGCAAGCUAAAGCCGCCAUGGCUGGCGGCAAAGUGACCGAGCUGCCUAGCAACAUUAGGGCACUGCUAGCCACACAUAACAUUGAUCCAUCGAGGCCUCCGCCCUCUAUAAGCAACGCUAGUAUUGUUCCGGCGGAGGAUCAAUGGAGCGUUUCAGGCCUGAAAUCGCCAAAGUCAAAGUCGUCAACUUUACGAAUGAAACUGGAUGAAGACGAUGAUUUGGACGACAAUGAUAUGCAUCCUGAUGGAAUUGGGAGAAAUUCUAAGUUCAAAUCUCUUUGCUCACUUCCUGCUAAACCCAAAAGAAUGUUCAGUAAGUUGUGGUCCAUAAACAGAACUAGCAGUGAAAAGAACUGAGUAAUUUUUGUUUAAUUUGUUUUCCCUAGCACACCAUUAGUGAUAUCUUCGGUGUAAGUAAGUUCUCUCCAAGCUGGAAUGCGGUAAUCCAAAUAUUCCGAAGAACAACAUAUAAUACUAUGCUUUUUCGCUCCCCUCAUUCCUUGUAAACUUACUAGGAACAAAAAUUAAGAAGGAUUCCAAUGCGCAUUAGUUAAUGGUCAUGUAAUCUUUUGUAAUAAGAAAGAAGAUCUUCAGGGCAUGAUCAAGUGGCUGCUGCAAAUCUCAAUUCGUUGUACUAGAUCAAACCAUUUGUGGGACCAAUUUUGUUGUCACUGUCCAUGAAUCUGCAACACCUGUCUGUCUCCUAGCUGCACCUCCAUUGGAUCCUCACCUUCUAAUCAGAUUUUAUUCCUGCGUUGUGAGAGGGGAGUUCAUGUACCUGACUAAAUGCACUGCUGUAGUUUUGGAAUUUCUGCAAAUUAAAUUCCACUGUAUAAUAGAAACUUAUAUUUUCUCUCAGAAAAA